AUGGAUGAGAUCAGAAGUGAUGACAUGGAGAAGCAAGACGAAGUUAUGUUACCUGGCUUCAGGUUUCAUCCAACUGAUGAAGAGCUCGUCAGAUUCUACCUCAAAAGGAAAAUCCAGCAGAAGUCUCUCCCCAUUGAGCUCAUCAAGCAGCUGGACAUCUACAAGUAUGAUCCAUGGGAUCUCCCAAAACUAGCAAGUACUGGAGAGAAGGAAUGGUAUUUCUACUGUCCAAGGGAUAGGAAGUACCGGAACAGCACAAGACCUAACAGGGUAACCGGAGCAGGCUUCUGGAAGGCCACUGGAACCGACAGGCCGAUCUACUCUUCCGAUGGGAGCAAGUGCAUAGGCUUGAAGAAGUCUCUUGUCUUCUACAAGGGCAGAGCGGCCAAAGGUGUCAAAACCGAUUGGAUGAUGCAUGAAUUCCGGCUGCCGUCCCUCAUUGACCCAUCAUUGCCGCAGAAGCCACUUGAGAAGACCAUUCCACCAAAUGAUUCCUGGGCAAUCUGCAGGAUUUUCAAGAAAACCAAUUCAACAGCGCAGAGAGCGCUCUCUCACUCAUGGGUCUCUCCUCCCUUAUUCGGCACAAACGAAACCUACAUUCCUCCGGCCUCACAGGCCACACAGAGAAGUCGGCACAGCUCAGAGAACACAUCGUCUACAAUGACUGACAUCGUCUCCUCCACCAUCCAGUUCACUGGCAGCAGUUACAUGCGUUCAGUAGUUACCUCUUGCCACAAUCCUCUGAGCAUCAUUGACAGCAGCAGCAGGCCAGCUACGUCGAUAGUGUUUCCUCCACCAUGUGCAGAGCAUCAAACCAUGAGUGUCCUCUCAGCAAUCCCGCUUGAUCUUCCAGCGGGGAUGGAUAUUGCAUCAACGGUCCUCAACGCAUCGUCCAUUUCACUCCAGAACAUGGGCAGGAUCCCCACAAACAUCGAGUUUGGACAACCACAACACUGCAAUAGCAGCAGCAGCAUGGUCAAUAGAUGCACGGUUGAUUUGCCUGACGUUGGCAACAGUGUCAAUGGCACUCCACGGUCGAUCAACUUCCCAUUCAACCUGCAAGGAGUGUUGCAUGAUGAUUGGAGGAUGACCUUCCCUUGGGACUCUCUCCCUUGCACCACCGAGCUCUCAACAAGUUACCAGUCGACCAAGUGCUAUACUUAG